ACAGUCAUUUUUCACAAUCCAGAUAUCAGCAAUGUAAAGCUUAUCUCGUCUGCGCAAACACAAUGUCGCCGUAUCAACAUCUCUUCUCCACUAAUGCCGUCCUGGGUGUUUGGCGCAACCUCCGUAACACCAAAGACAACAACGAUCUCUUGCUCACCUUGCAGUACCACCAAGACGAUCUCCAGAGGCAAAGGGGAAAGAAAUAUACCAAGGGGGGUGUUUCAGAAAGUACACAAGAGGUUGCAGAUGGAAAGACAGUGGAUGUGGGUGGAAAGAGCAUAGGCUUCGUAGUACCAUGGCGGGCAAUGCAGAACCAAAGACGGGAGCUGAAGGAGAAGGAGAAAGAGCUUGCUGAAGCGCUUAUUCGCCACCUCGCAGCCGGCCUCUCACGUCAAAUGUCCAAAAUAGAAUUUCAGAUGAUUGACAAUGCCCCAUUCGCCAAUGGCAAAAACCUAUAUACAGGUGGAGAGGUGGCCCAGAAGUUUCUUCCCUCUAUCCAGGCACUCUUUGAGCAAAAGCCCGUUCCACAGCGCAUCAUCUUUGAGCUAUUAAUGGAACUAAAAGACCUAGUCUACAUGGCUAUGGCAGGUUGCUCAAAAGAAGUGCUAGAGCAUGAAGUAGACAGCACAGGAACCAGCUCCCUAGAAGAACUCGAUGACGCAAUCGUACGAGCCAUCACACCUCUAUCACCCCUCCUCGAAUCCCACCAGCCAAAAGAAUUAGAACAAAGCCACAAACGCUCACUCCACCAUCAGCAAUCAGCAUCUUUUCUCCAAUCUGCCCCUGAAGAACUCCUUUACAAUCUCGAAUCCCUCGAGACCACCGCUAUGGCUUUGACAAAACUUCCCCUCUCCCUCCCCGACUUCUGCGCACACGCCAUUAUCACUCUGCGACGUCUGACGCCCCGCCCGCUUCUCUUGGAUUUCUCGCAGCAAAAGAAGGAGAAGAGGGUGCAGAAAUGCGCCGAGUAUGCGCGGUGCAACAAGUGGGCUGGGGCGCAAUGGCGGCAAAAUGGGGGAUGUGGACGGGGAUGUAAGAAUGAAGAUGAGGAUCCCGAGGGUUUGCCUAGUUGGCAUCGGUGUAGUAGGUGGUUUGAUGAGAGGGGGGGUGGGACGUGUAUGGUUGGUGGGGGGAGGGCGGUGUUGAGGGAGGAUGGGUUUGGGGUUGUGAGGAUGACGGCGGUGUGA